AUGGAGCCCAUCAACAUCUGCGCGAAGAUAGAAGAAUACGACGAUGACCAACUGCGAGCGUUUAUAGAAGAGCAAGGAGUUGAAAAGUAUAAGCAGCCAUGCAAGCGUCUUCAGGUCGAUACGAUUGUGAAUCUUGUCCGCGGACGAAACACAUUCCUCCUAGCAGCGACUGGGUUUGGCAAAUCUAGAGUGUCGGAGAUGUAUUUGAACUUGAUGCCAAAAGAUCGGAAGGGUCGCGAAAUGGGUGUGGUAGUCGUCCUGAACCCUCUCGAUGCGUUGGGAGACAAUCAAGUUGAAGAGAAGAUCGAUGCCGGCUACACUGCGAUCAAUCUGACGGCGCGUAACUUCAACAAGGAGACGGCGGCAGACGUCAAAGCUGGCAAAUACAACUUCGUCUAUUUAUCACCCGAGAUAUUUCUUAAUAAUAAACACUUCGAGUCUUUAUAUUUAUCUCCUGAAUUUCAAAGCCAGUUGGUGCUUCUUGUAGUCGAUGAGGCACAUAUGAUUUAUUCGUGGGGGUUAGUGGAAGAUGGAAAACGAAAGCUGAAAACUCUUGUCCGACAUCAAGAUCAAGGAAUUUUUCGACCUUGUUAUGGAAAGAUCGCCAAUGCUCUGCUAAACAAGAACAAGUCUCCUCUCCUCCUAAUGUCAGCAACCUGCCGACCAAAGGCAAUCGAUGCAAUCAAAAAAAAUUUGAAACUACUCGACACAGAUCUCGAUGUCCUGCUAGGUGAAUUAAGCCGACCUGAAAUUCGCAUUAUCCGAGUCCCCAUGACCCAGUCACACGCUUCGUGCCUUGAUUUGAUGCCUCUCUAUGCCACCAAGGAGCAGACACCCACCAAUCAGCUAGUUCCUUCUUUAAUCUACACUGGAACUCGACACUUAACCUAUAAGGUUUUAGAGGUAUUGGAUGCUGCCCGAGGCACCCCGAAUGAAAAUGUGGCCCCCAGAAGCAAGUGUGUAAGGCGAUAUCAUGCCUGCACAGGUGAAUUGGAUAAAAAAGAUGUCAUCUCGAAAUUCUCAAAAGGCGAGAUCCCAUUAGUGGCUUGUACUCUGGCACUUGGGAUGGGUCAGAAUUGGAAAAGUGUACGACAGGUGGUCCACAUUGGUCGAGGCGAUCCAUCUAUUAUUUGUCAGAUGAUCGGAAGAGCUGGUCGGGAUGGGCAGCCAGCUUUGGCCAUACUAUUCAUGGAGCCAACCAGAAAGGGAGGGAAAAACCAAUUGAGUGAUUUUCCUGGUGGCGAGCAGACUUCCGAUGAAGACAGGAUGGAUGCCUUAGCAGUGACCCCUGUUUGUCUUAGAGUUGCCUUUGCGGUUGAUAACCUUGUAGGACAUGUUCCUCUUAGCUUUGAUGAUCCUGCUUACAAAGUGGAGGUAGCACGCGAAAAGAAAGAGAACUUUCCACCUUGCAUGUGCUCCAACUGCAUGGGAGACAUGGCAAAGCUUCUUGUGCAAAACCUCAAGAACGUUAAUCGAACAAACUUCUCAGAUUACAUCUUAAAUAAAGUUCCGAUGGACCCAAAUCAAAGUGGGACGGCUCACAGUAAUAAAUCUGACGGCACUGGGGUCAAGCGAACAAUUGAGAACCCAAUCAAGCUCAAAAAGGAAGAACAGACUGUGCUUAAGGAGAUGCUGAAGAGAGACUGUCACGACUUUAUUAGAAAAACAGUGGGAAAGGGAGGGACCAUUGUUCCAGGUCGUUUCUUUGGAGACAGCGAGGCUCAGGCCAUUGUUAGGAAUAUCAAUCAAAUUGUCGAUGCAAAUGACAUGCGAAGAAUCAUAAAAGGCGAGGCAUUUCGGGGUCAAGUCAAACUGUUGAUGACAACAGUGGAACAGUUCAAACUAGAGAAGCGUAUGCCAAUCGAACUCGAGAGUGUUGCAUUCAAGAGGCCCAGAACUGUGACAGAGGUUACCAACGGACGAACUCUAGAUGUGACCAACAAACAACUGGAUGUGAACAACCGACAAAUGAAGGUGAAAACGGGGAGUGAGUCAGUCAGGGUUUUGGAACACACAUCUCUUCCUGUCAAGAAGAAAAGAUGUUCACCGCAGGAAGCCCAAGCAAAAAGGGCGGAGGAAGCAGAGAGAAAAAGAAUUCGGAAAGAGAGCAAGAAUCAGCGAGAUGCCAAAGCAGCCGAGUCAAAACGGAUCCGAAAGGAAGGUCAACAACAGAUCAUUAAUGAAGUCAAGCAGGCUUACGGAAUGAACAAACAAACCAGCGACAUUGGCUAG